AUGGAGCCCUCGAUAACACCCCCACCCACCACCAUCUCAAAGCCGCUCUCCGAGUUCCAAACCGUAGGCCACAACACCUAUCUCUGGACUCCUCCUACUACCAAAGCCACCACCAAACCACCAUUUAUCCUACUCUUCUCAUGGAACGCCGCCGCCGCAAAACACAUCGCAAAAUACACCUUCUCUUACCAAACGCGAUUCCCCACAUCUCAAAUCCUGCUGAUCCGCUGUGAAACAGCGGACAUAUUCCGCCACACCACUUCCAGCGCAAAGUUACUCCAGCCCGCCAUAGAAAUUGUCUCCUCGCACACCCAGGAUGGUGGAGAGGUGCUGGUACACAGUUUCUCCAAUGGGGGCGGGAACCAAGUCAACGAGUUUGCCAAAGCGUGGAAAAGGAGAUUUGGGACAAUGAUGCCGAUGCGGUGUCACAUUAUGGACUCUAGUCCCACGAAGGGGCCAUGGAUGAAGAGUCAUGCUGCGAUUGCGGCGUCGUUGCCGAAGACGUGGGGGUGGAGGAUGUUUGGGGGCGUGUUGGUGCAUUUGCUUCUUGUGCUGACGUUUGUGACUAACGUGGUGAUGUGGAAGGAGAAUAAGAUGGUUGUACUGUGUCGGGAGAUAAAUGAUGAGCAGGUGUUUGAUAGGAGUGUGCCGAGGGUGUAUUUGUAUAGUCGCACGGAUCAAAUGGUGGGGUGGGAGGAGGUUGAGGAGCAUGCAGCGAUUGCGAAACGGAAGGGGUUUGAUGUGACCAUGGUGAGGUUCGAAAAGAGUGCGCACUGUGGACAUGUGAGGGAAGAUGAGGGGAAGUAUUGGGAUGCGGUGUUGGAGGCAUGGAAGGCAGGACCGGGAGAGAGAUAG